AUGGUUAUAAUUUGGAUCUUCUUCUUCCUGAGUUUGUUGCAGGAGUCUUGGUCCCCAGGGCUGGCGGCGGAGGUGCCCCAGGCACUUUCUUGUGCGAAAGGCCAGACGUGCGACCCAAGGCUGCGCAGAGAUGCUGGGGGCCGCGGCGGGGUCUAUGAGCAUCUCGGGGGAGCUCCCAGGCGCCGCAAGCUCUACUGUGCCACCAAGUACCACCUCCAGAUCCACGCCAGCGGGAAAAUCAACGGCACCCUGGAGAAGAACAGUCUAUUUCUAGGUAUUCUAGAGAUAACUGCAGUUGAUGUUGGAAUUGUUGCCAUCAAAGGUUUGUUUUCCAGCAGAUACCUGGCAAUGAACAAAAGAGGCAGACUUUAUGCUUCAGAAACUUACAAUGCAGAGUGUGAGUUUGUGGAAAGGAUCCAUGAAUUGGGCUAUAACACUUAUGCAUCUCGCCUAUACCGGACUGUGCCCAGUGGAGCCAACAACAAACGCAAAGCCAGUGCUGAAAGGCUUUGGUAUGUCUCUAUCAAUGGGAAAGGACGACCCAGACGGGGCUUUAAAACCCGUAGGACACAGAAAUCCUCUCUCUUUCUGCCCAGGGUAUUGGAUAACAAAGACCAUGAAAUGGUUCGACUAUUCCAUACAAAUGUUAAAUACAGAGAGAGUCUACUUAAACCUCCAAAUAAGAACCAGAGAAGACGGAGAGGGCACUAG